AUGGCCAAUAAAAAUGGAUUAGUGCUUUCCUCUGUAGCCCUAAUCCUGUUGGUGGCUUGUGCACUUGGCAUCAUUGCCGCCAUGCAUUUCAAAUCUGUCCAACAAGAGGAGCAGGAGGAGGACGAUGAAACCACCACCUCCGUCAAAGCCGUCACCGUCGUUUGUCAGCCAACCCAAUACAAAGAUGCUUGCCAAAGGACCCUUGCCCCCCUUGCUAACCAUUCCAAAGCCACCCCUAAAGACUAUCUUUUGGCUUCCAUUCGCUCUGCUAAACUCGAGGUCCACAAAGUCUUGCAAGCUGCUGCUAAUUCUAGUGAUAACAUCCCUCCCCAAGACCGUGCCCGUAUCCACGAGUGCACGAAAUUAUUGUCUUUUGCCAUCCAAGAUCUUGAGUCCACUGUCAUUACCAUGGAAACCAAGAACCGAACCCUUGGGGAUCACAUAAAGGAUCUCCGCAACCGGCUAACUGCUGUUUAUAGCUUCCAAUCCCAAUGCAAAGCCACCAUUAACAAGUCAGGCCAUAAAUACAAGUCUCUUAUUUUGGAGUUUAUGCUAAAUUCCACCCAACUUAGUGAUAAUGCAUUGGCCAUUGCUUCUGGGUUCUCCGAGAUCAUUAAGGAACUUAACAUCGACCAAUUCGCUUUCAGCCUUGAUGAUCUCAACCUCCAGUACUCCCGAAGACUUCUUCAAUCCCAAGACGGUACUACUAGUCUUCCCACAUUGUUACCUGCCAGGGAUAGUAGAAGACCAGGAUCGGCACCGGCACCGGCACCAGGACCAGGACCAGAAGCAAAACCAGACAUAGUGGUUGCCAAGGAUGGAAGUGGACGAUUCAUGACUAUUGGAGAAGCAGUGGCAACAUACAAGACGCCACUUCCACCUGGGAAGCAGAGGUACAUAAUCUAUGUAAAGGCCGGGGAGUAUAACGAGCAAGUCGUAAUACAAAGACACCAAGAGAACGUAUACAUAUUUGGAGAUGGCGAUGGAACGAUUGUGACGUGUGAUAAAAGUGCAGUAAAGCAUAAACUGGAGACGCCUUAUACUGCCACAUUUGAUAGGUUCAUUGCGGCAGAAGGUAAAGGAUUCAUGGCAAAAUCGAUGACAUUCAGGAACACAGCAGGUCCAGAGGGUGAACAGGCAGUAGCCCUGAGAGUACAAUCAGAAGGCGCAGUGAUAUACUUAUGCAAGAUUGAAGGAUACCUGGAUACCUUAUUAUGCCAAAAUUAUCGUCAAUUCUAUAGGGAAUGUGUCAUCACAGGGACGAUUGAUUUCAUAUUUGGAGAGGGAUCAGCGGUGAUCCAGAAGAGUGAGAUAGUGGUGAGAAAGCCGAAGGCGAGCCAAAACAAUUUGGUGAUUGUGGCAGAUGGUAACGAGAAACCCUACCAAAUAGGUGGAUUGGUUCUUCACAAUUGUACGGUUCGGUUGGAUAAGGAUAUGGAAAUGGAAGUGGAUAAGGGAAAAUACAACAUAUACUUGGGGAGGCCAUGGAUGCCAUCAUCAACAUCAGCUAUCAUGGAGAGUGACUUGGGUGGGUUUCUGAAACCAGAAGGGUAUGUGCCAUGGCCACAAGCACAAAAUGAGAAAACAUGUAGGUUUUUUGAGUAUAAUAACAGAGGAGCAGGUGCAACUUCAAACAAUAGAGUGAAAUGGAUAACACUAAAUAUUCUUACAGACCCUGCUCAGGCACAACCAUACACUGUUGCCACCUUCAUUGAUGGAAAACAAUGGCUUCAACAACAACAGAAAAAUAUUGGUGCGCCUUUCUAUCUUGGCUUCAUUCAUUCCUAA